GCCCCCCUUUCAUUAUUUAUCAGUCCCUCUCUGUUUUACAUUUCCGCAUUCUACACUCUUCUUCUUCUUCUUCUGCUUCUUCUUCUUCUUCUUCUUCUUCUCUCAUGAGACAAGGAACAAGGAGGAGUUGUGGGAGCUGUUGCAUAAUCAGGAUCCGAGUUGCAUGCGAUGGAGAGUCCGGAGUUGUCGCCGCCCCACGCCGACGCAUCUCGCCCCUCGCUUGGUUUCCCGCUAGGAACGGCGUUACUCUUGAUCGUCAUCUUCAGUCUCAGCGGCAUCUUCUCCUGCUGCUACCACUGGGAGAAACUUAGAUCCCUCCGCCAAUCUCUCUCCGGAAACCACCCCGAUCAUCCCGGCCGCGACGAUCUCGAGGCCUCGCCUUCCAAAUCUAUUCCGCCCCCUACGGAAUUGAAGAAAAUUGAAAGCCAGAGCUUCUCGGUGUUAAUGCCAGGUGAUCAGAUCCCUAAGUUCAUCGCAUUGCCGUGUCCGUGCGAGCCUCCUCGAGCAGAUAAGAAUAUCGUGCUGGAACUCCAGAAGCCUCCUAAGCCGCCACGUCUGCCGGUGCCUUUAUAUUAGCCGGCGUCGAUUACUCACUUAACCAUUCCUUGUAUAUAAUCUAUAUAAUAAUAAUAUAUUAUAUCAGGAAUUAAUUAAGAAGGAAAAUAUUUAGUUCAACAUGAUUACUAGUGCAGAUCGAUUUAUUGUUUAUAGGGUAUUUUUCCUUUUUUGCGAAGAAUUACUUGUAUUCUUUUCUGCGUUUUGUUCUUAGUUGGGUUGUCGUUUAUUGUAAGCCAAAAUAUUUUUGGUAAGAACUUUUCACCAGAGAGUUAUUGAUCCAAGCUCUUGUAAA